AUGGCGACGGACGACGCUGUAUCCGCGCAUGCGCACCGUCUCGAUGAAGUGCACGACACAGUUAUUGAAGCCACCGACGCGUCCCUCACCCAUGAAGAAGACGACCCCAGACCCAAGACCGCCGACAAAGAAGACGCAGACUCAUGCCGCAUAUGCCGUGGUGAGGGAUCUGUGGACGAGCCUCUGUUCUACCCGUGCAAGUGCAGUGGCAGCAUCAAGUAUGUCCACCAGGAGUGCCUCAUGGAGUGGCUGUCCCAUACACAGAAGAAGCAUUGCGAGCUGUGCAAGACUUCGUUUCGCUUCACCAAGCUCUACCACCCAGGCAUGCCGAACCGCAUCCCGACCGCCGUCUUCAUGCGCCGUGCCGCCCUGCACGUCGUCAACAUGUUCCUGACCUGGUGUCGGGCGGUACUGGUCGCUUGCGUCUGGCUGCUCGUCCUUCCGUGGUGUAUGCGCGUGGUCUGGCGAAGCCUUUUCUGGGUCGGUGACGGGGGAUGGUCGCAUGACAUGUACUUGGAGUCGACAGAGGCAGUAGAGAACUCCAGGCUCACUUCCUUCAACAUGAGUGCCUUUCGCGCUCCAGCCGACAAGAUCAGCACUGCUGCUAACGAGAGCCGCUCAUCGUCGGAUUCUUUCCUCUCGGUGCCAUUCGGUUCCUAUAACGCAUCGGCCCCCGAGCUUGCCGUCUGGACUUUUACUAAGCGCCUGCUCUUUGGCUUUCCAUUGCCACUCGCGUCCCUAUCAGUACCCCAUGUCAACCAGACGUCCAUUAACGCGACCUCCGACCCGCUUGGUAUCCGAAGUCCUUCUUUAUUGUCGGACGUGCCCUUCUUCAACUGGUUCGAUUCGCAGACUGCAAACCGUUUCAUCAUCGAUGUGCUAGAAGGUCAAAUCAUUACCUUACUAGUCGUUGUGGCAUUCAUAUUGAUAUUCCUUAUUCGGGAAUGGGUCGUCCAACAACAACCAGUGAUCAACAUGGUUGCACUUCGCGACAAUGCGGCUGCACAACUGGCUGCAGAUCAUGAAGCGGGGGCCCAGAAUGUUCCGGAGGACAACAAUGAAGAUGAUGACGAGGAAGAGGAGGAUAGCGAUGAUGACGAUAACGAUAAUGAGGCAGCACAGGCAGCUCACUAUGAGGCCAUUCAGACUACGGAUACUGCACCCGCCCCCAGAGACCCAGAUGAUCUCUUCAGACCUGCGAACACAGUCGCUCGACGGGACAACCCUCGCUCCUCUGACCAUGAAGCUGGAGAAUCGUCUCGCGACGCAGUCAACGCACCACCCGGAAGCAACUCACUUCAAUCUGCGAAGCCGACGACUGAAGCUAGUAAUGCUGAAUCAUCCAGAAUGCUUGAAUCUUCACAAAGACCACUUAUGCCAGAAAGGGACCAGUCAUUUGUUGCCACUGGGAUUCGGCGCAGCCUAGAAGAGGGCAACGACUGGUCGUUCGAGAACGUUCCACAGAGACCGCAAGGCACCAAUGCUGGGACAGUUGACAUUCCCAACUCUUGGGAGGACGAAUAUCCUGAAGACGCAGAGGGGCAAGAUAGUGAGCAUAGUGGUGAAAGCUGGCAACAAGUUGCCGAUGUUGUCGCAGAUACCGACUCCGACCAAGUGCUGGAAGGAGGUAGGUCGCGAGACAAGGGCAAGGCCAAAGCCGAUGAUGAAACGGGCGCAUUUCUAUCCGAGCCUGAUCUUCAAGAGAACAACGACCUGCAUACACCAGUUGCGAACGCGGUAGAGACGACUUCCGACAUCGACGCCUCUUCUGCAAAGUCGCAACAAGGGUCAGAGGCCUCUUUCGAUUUUCCAGACUCUGAGGAAGAACAGUCAGGUCAAGAAGAGGCUACCGCCGCUCCAACUUCGGGUGAGACGUCUGGGCCUCAGGCUGGAGCUGUUCUGCUGCCACAGCCACAGCCAGGUGUGAUAGAUCAGGCGUUGGAAUGGAUGUUUGGUGACGUUGCACCUGCCGUACCUGCAGCGGAAGAGCCCAGAAACGACGAGCACGUAGUUCGCGACCUUGCGGACGAGGCUCCGUUUGUGCCUUUUGCAGGGAAUGAGCCACAAGUUCCCGUUGAGCCUCCAGCCCCGGAUCCUGACGUUGCUGCUGCCGCUGCCCGAGCUGGCAUCGAUGUCAACGACCAAGAAGCAAUAGAAGACGCAGAGGACCUUGAAGGUAUCCUUGAGCUCAUUGGCAUGCAAGGUCCAAUCAUUGGACUUUUCCAGAAUGUCCUGUUCAGUGCAGUGCUGAUCUCCGCCACUUUGGCCUGCGCCGUAUGGUUGCCUUACCUGUGGGGCAAAGUAGUCAUUCUAUUCAUGGGCAGCCCUGUCGCACUUCUUGUCAAGCUCCCGUUGCAGCUCAUUGCCACGGUGACGGACCUGAUUGUAGAUCUUGCACUAGUGGUCAUGGCUGGCAUUACGUAUUGGGGUUCACAGCUAGUCUCGACGGCUGUACAUCUUUGUGCGAAAGGCAAUUUCCCUCAGUCUGUGGACAGUCGGCUGGCCUCCAUGUCGGCCACCAUGCGAACUCUUGCAGAGGGCGCCAUGGAUCUCUCCGUUGACACCCCGGCCGGACUAUUUCAGACUAUCGGUCAACUCCCAUAUGGCACUGCGGGCACUCCAGAAUUCUACAUCAGCUGCGCUGAACGAAACGAGUGCUUUUGCAAAUACGUUCCUGGAGCAGGCGUCCUCCGAUUCCCCUAUCAAAUUCCUAUGGAGGACCAUUUCCGGACUACCCCAGGUCCUCCAGAUUGGAGUGUAUCUUUCAUCUGGACCUCAAAAUCAUACAAGAUCACUCUUGAUGUGGACUUGGGCCACAGUGCAACUGCUGAUUACACUGCAGUGGAGCGCUGGACAGCCAGUGAUCGCAUGGUCGCCAUCUUCGCUGGCUACGCCUCUUUUGCAGUGGCUGGCGCUGUAUACCUCAAACGCGGAUCAUCUUUCAGCACCUCGCAACAGGGUCAGAGGAUCGAGCGCAUCAUUUCUGAUGUUCUACAACAAGCCGGUGGGGUGCUCAAGGUCAUCUUGAUCAUCAGCAUAGAGAUGCUGGCUUUUCCACUGUACUGUGGUCUUCUCCUCGAUCUCGCCAUGCUCCCACUCUUCAAGAACGCUACCCUCUAUACUCGCUGGCAAUUUGCUUGUAAUAGUCCAUGGACAUCUGGCUUCGUACAUUGGUUCAUUGGCACCUGUUACAUGUUCCACUUCGCAUUGUUCGUCUCUAUGUGCCGCAAGAUCAUGCGCAAGGGCGUACUCUACUUUAUUCGCGAUCCAGACGAUCCGACGUUCCAUCCCGUCCGCGACGUUCUCGAGCGCAGUGUCACUACUCAGCUGCGCAAGAUAGCAUUCAGCGCUUUGGUGUAUGGCGCACUGGUCAUUGUCUGCCUUGGAGCCGUGCAACAUCUGGUGUGCUCCCAAUCCAUUGGACGACCGAGGCUCCAUCUCUUGAAUUUCCAUUGGAUCUCCUCUUCUAUCAACUUCUUGACUCCUGUUAUCAUCAAGGCGUACAAGCCGAGCGACAGCAUACAUGCCAUAUACAAAUGGUGCUUCAUGAAAUGUGCUCGCAUCUUGAAGCUCCACAGUUUCCUCUUUGGUGGCACGAUUGCCUUCGGGGCACCAAAGAACGGUCGAUAUGUCCGUGCUCCUGCAUCGGAUCAAGCCCGCAUUCCCAAAGGUCAACCUGUCUUUGUUGAUGUCGAUCACAACAACGUGCGCCGAGAUGGAGUCACUGUGGGCGGCGUCCACAACUCGGAUCUGGUGACCAUGGUCUACAUUCCGAACUGGUUCCGUGUUCGCAUCUUCGCAUUCGUCAUCACAAUAUGGAUACUGAUGGGUCUGAGUGGCGUUGGUGUCACAAUUCUGCCUAUGCUCCUGGGUCGGUAUCUAUUCUCUCUCGUACUCCCAGAUACAGUCGAGAUGAACGAUAUACACGCCUUCUCGCUUGGCGUGUACACACUGGGCAGUAUCGCUUACUCUGGCUACCACGCGUACAAUUUCAUCUCGAGCCUCAACCAGCCGGUCCCGUCACCACUCGCAACACUCCAAACGAUCGCCACCACAACUUCCCGUGUCGGCCUGCGUGUCCUUCGCUUCACGUACGUUUGGUUCGGUCUUGUAUUCGCUAUUCCCCUCGCAUUCGCUAUCCUCAUUGAACUUUACUUCCUCAUGCCACUACAUGCCUACCUGGGCCCCGGAGAACCCCACGUUGUGCACCUCAUCCAAGACUGGAGCCUAGGCUUCUUGUACUCGCGCGUUGCUGCUCAGAUGAUCUUUGCGAAUCGCCAGUCUCGUCCCGCCCGAGCUUUCAAUGCGGUCAUCGCUGACGGAUACCUCUACCCCAAUGCACGCAUCGCAACGCGCUGCUUCCUACUUCCAAUCGCAGCCCUGUGGCUCAUCGCCAUUGCUGUUCCCUCUUCACUUGCAUACACGACAUCUUACACCAUGUACGCUGGAGCGUCCGAGCAGACGCGUAACAUGGUCUGGCGCUUCAGCUUCCCAGCUGUCGGACUCAGCAUCGUGGCCAUGUGGGCGAGCAAAGAGGCGGUCAGGAUGUUGACGCGCUGGAGACUUGUAGUGAGGGAUGAGGUGUAUCUUAUCGGAGAGCGGUUACAUAACUUUGGAGAGAGGAAGGCUGGAACGCAGAGUCGGGCGACGGAAGAGGCGAUUAGUGCGGCAGGAAUGGAGGUCAGGUAG